AUGACAAUUACGUUCUACCUCACAGGAAUCAGCUAUCUCUUCGGUAAACGAGUAGUCGACGAAGAAUGCAAACGUCUUAACAUCUCUUUGAUUAUUCGCUCUCACAUGGUGGUCCCUGAUGGGUUUGAAGUGAUGACUGGAAGACUUCUGAUUGAGGUAUUUUCGGUGGCCAACUAUGCUGGAACUGCGAAUAAUGCAGCUGCCGUGCUUUGUGUAAAUGAGAAAUUAAAGGUAACCUAUCAAAAACUGACAGCUCCACAUCCGUUGUUUCAAGUUUCAACACUUCCUCUUACUGCGAAUCUAGAUUCUACAAUUGCCCUGUCCGAUUUGAAACAAGUCAAGAGAUUUGUGAAGUUUUAG